CACACGCCGGCCCGAUGCCCCUCUCCCUCGCGCCCCUCAGCGCCACUGCAUGCUGCGAGGCGACGCCGCUGCCGUCACUGCUCAGCUGCAGCAUGCAGCGCAUGCGAGACAGCGGCGCUAUGCAGCGAUACGAGCAGAAGCGCAGCGCGAGAGCAUGUGCCCCUGCGGCACGAGGCGAAGGCGCCGGGCGGAGCGGCGAGAUCGCCAUGCCGCGUGCGUGCGUCGGCCGCCGGCCGCAUCAUGCUACCGCUGCAUGCGACGCUGCGGUCGCAGGCGGCCUGCCUGCCGCUGGCCUGACCCUGCCCCAGCCGGCGGGUCAGCGAGCCGGCAGGCGGCGACACACCGAGGCGCAAUCUCCCCUCCACCUUCCUCACCCUCACCUCUCCCGCUUCAAGCCAGACCAUGCGUUUCCUCCCGCUCCUCUCCGCCCUCCUGCUGUCCAGCGUCGGCCUCGCAGCCGCGCAGGAGAGCGGCUCGAGCAGCAGUGCCAGCGCGAGCAGCGAGGGCGGCAGCAGCAGUGCGGCGCCGAGCUCCACGGCGGGCGCAUCGUCCAGCUCGUCGGGCGCAAGCUCCAGCAUGCCCACGUCGGCGCCCAGCUCGUCGGGCGGCGGCGGCGGCGGCGACAGGGUCUGCUCCAUCCUCGUCGGCGACCCGAACGUGCGUCAAGCCGACUGCACCUACUCGUCGACCUUCACGCCGCCGUACGACCAGUCCUCCAUGGCGUCGUACCUCAUCGGCGGCUACCAGGCGGGCCAGGGCGAGGAGAUUGACGCCGUGGCGACGCAGUUCGCCGAGGAGGUGCUGCAGUACUACCCGACCAUGACGUCCUCCGUCUCGCAGCUCGCUCCCGAGUUUGCCUCGGCCAUCCGCGCCUCCAUCGCAGCGACCAAGCCCGACGGCGCUGCGGGCCUGCACGUCCCUCGUGGCCUUGGCGCCGUCGCUGCUGCCGGCGCCGCCAUCGUCGCUGGUGCCGUGUUCGUGCUCUAAGCGGAGCCCGGCCCUCGACGUCUGCUUGCAACCCCCUCUGCGACGCGCUGCGACGCUCUGUCGCACCGCACCGCUGCGAGCUUCUCACUCUUCUCCCUCUCUAGCGCCUCCUCAGUCCCGCGUUGUCUCCAUGUCCCUGUCGCUGUACUCCUUGCCUCCACUUGCUUCUUGCUAAGUCCAAAUCGAUGCCCUUGGGCCUUUGCACUGAUCCCU